CAAACUGUUACUUUUCUCAGUGGUUCAAGCAAAGAGCAGAUAUGAGAUAGGUUCAUAAUAAGGUCACAGCUUUUCUUUGUAAUUUUAUCAACUCUUAGAGAGAUAGCACAAUCACUACUUGGUUUGAAGCACCUCUUCUAACCCUUUCAGAUAGCUUGCAGAGAUAGUUCUGCUCCAUUGAAGCUCCUGCAUUUUGUUGUAUACUAUUUUAUAAUAGCUAGGUGCCGCCAAUUGUAUCUGUGUGCUUGGUUUCAUUUAGAACAGCACAGUUGCGUGGUCUGACAUUGGUGGCUUAGAGAAAAAAAAUAAUUGCAAGCUGCGGGGAAGGCACGGAUCAACAAGGAGAUUGUGUUGGGGGUCUCGGGUUUUGAGUGCGGGGGCCCCACUACUGAGAUAGCGUCGUCCGCAAACUAGCAGGCAACGGCAUGAGCAGACGACGCACAAGGCACUGAGCAGACGGCGGCACCAUGUUUCAGCUGCAGAACGGGGCUGGGGAGGAGCACGAGAACCUCAGGGUUGUGGACGUGUUUGUCGAUGGCUCGUCGGAGGAAUCGCUCCGCUGCGGUGCACUGAAGGUGCUUCGACAUGUGCGACCGGAUUGGGACUUGGACAAUGUCUGCUUUAAGACGUUUACAGACGGAAUUACAAACCAGCUGGUGGGCUGCUGGGAAGGCGGGGGCACCCUGGGGGAGGAUGCGGUGCUGCUGCGCAUCUACGGCCAGAAGACGGAGCUGUUCAUCGACCGGUCGGCCGAGGUCACCAACAUGCUGCUCCUGCACGCACACGGCCUUGCCGCGCCCCUGCACUGCGCCUUCCGCAACGGCUUGUGCUACGGCUACAACACAGGGCGCGUUGGGGACACCGCCCUCGUCUGCCACCCGCAUAUCUCCAAGUUGAUAGCGCAGACCCUGGCUCGGAUGCACUCGCUGAAGCUGUGCAAGGGGGGCCGCAAGGCUGUACCCUCCCUGUUUCCCACCAUGCGGAAGUACCUCAGCCUCAUUCCCACAGAGUUUGCAGACCUGGCGAAGAAUGAAAGAGAGAGGUUCAUGUCCUGCAUCCCGAGCAAGUUGGAGCUUGAGCGGGAGGUUCGGAUCUUGGAGGAGCACCUUUCGGGGUUGGGCUCGCCCGUCGUGUUCUGCCACAACGACCUGCUCGUCAAGAACAUUAUCUACCAGGAGACGGAAGACAAGGUGAUCUUCAUAGACUUUGAGUACGCCGACAACAACUACCAAGCCCUGGAUAUCGGGAAUCACUUCUGCGAAUUCGGAGGCGUGGCAAAGUUCGACACGUCGUUGUACCCCGCUCGCGAGUUCCAGCUCUCCUGGCUGAGGCAUUACCUCGAAGAGUGGUACGGUCUUGUGGGCCGGGGCCGAGUGACGGACGACGACGUCCAGCUGCUCUAUGUUCAGGUCAACAAGUUUGCUCUGGCUUCCUGCAUGUUUUGGAGUCUCUGGGCUCUGAUUCAGGCUGCACAUUCCACGAUCAAGUUUGACUUCCUCCAGUUUGCUGUCGAACGACUGGACCUGUACAACAAGCGGAAGACUGAAUUCAUGGAGCUGGAAAUUCGUCCGAGGUCCUAAAAGCCUCGCGGUGAAGCCGGCGAAGCGAAAACAAAGGGGCGAGAUUACCUACUUCUUCUAGGAACUGUCGGGGCAAGAUUUCAUACCUCGCCGUCACGCAGAACUAUUGACUACGUGACCGGAACGGCCAAUUGUUGUUCUCUUCUUAUUUACAUAGUACGUGUGUGCCGUUUCAACAGUGUACCUCGGCGGCAGUAUAUUAGUCUUUUAUGGGACCACUGCCCGUAAGC